AGGAUCUAUUUGCCCCCGUGCCUCUCCGUCGCGCGUGUGCACCUGGUGCCAUUUGGCCACGGCAGAAGCGUCUCCAAUUAUCCAGGAGCACACACAUCCCUGGAUUUCUCUGCGCCGUGUGCCUCCAGAUCCACAUUGAUUUUAAAGCAAUGCGCGAUCAAUGCGGACAACACGAGAAAGUGAAGCGUGAAUGCGCCAUGAUUGAAUUGUAUUUGCGCACAAGUUUGCGCACGGACACCAAACAAACAACAGGUAGAGGGGGGAUCUCAUCCUAGAAACACUCCAAUAUGUAGGGAAUAAUGUGGAUGUUGUGACUGGGAAGGUCUCUGACUGUGUGUCUUCACGUGACAAUGUGAAAAAAUGAUCAUUCACCUCACAACAGGCGCGCUGCUGUCUCUCCCGGUCCUCCUCAGUCCCCCUUCUAGACCUGUAUCUGACGAGUGGGCCGCCUGCCACACACGCCCUGCUUCACUUUCUCUCCCCUUUCGCACUCGGCGGACGUUAAUGGGAAAUAAUCGGCAAGUUUGAGCAGAGACAUGGUGGCGGCGGCCGCUCGCUUCAGCACGCUGGACAGCGCUCGUGGAAGUUGGGAGAGGACGGCGGCGCGCGGACGCACGGGGAUUUAAUUGGAAAAAUGAACUCGGGGAGCUGCUGGAGAGAUGAGCGACGGGGUGACCAUGGUUGAUUUUAACGGCUUAUCAUCGACAACAGGCGCAGGUAACCCGAGAGGGCACUUUCCGGAGUGAGACAUGGACUUUGCUGAAAUAAUCUUCGCGUUGUUCAUCGUCGUGGUCGCGGUCGUCUCGCUGCUGUCAAACUUGUUGGUGCUGCUAUGUUUCGUCCACAGCACCGAGAUACGCCGGCAGGUGCCCGGUGUUUUCACCAUGAACUUGUCUUUCUGCAACAUACUCAUCACUGUUUUGAACAUGCCGGCCACUCUGGUGGGGAUUAUCAGGGAACAGCAGCCUUUCGGGGAUUGCAUUUGCCACGCGGUGAGCUUUCUGGAGACUUUUCUGACCGCGAACACCAUGUUGAGCAUGGCAGCUCUCAGCAUCGACCGGUGGAUUGCGGUGGUCUUCCCGCUCAGCUACUCCACUAAAAUGCGCUACAAGGACGCGCUGAUCAUGGUGUGCUACUCCUGGCUCCACUCCUUCACCUUCUCCCUGACCGCGCUGCUCUUCUCCUGGGUCAACUACAGCCACGUUUACGCGUCGUGCACCCUGCAGCCGAGCGAGGAGGGCAGCGACAGGAUUAAGUUUACAGUCUUCACAGUCGUUUUCCACGCCACCAGUUUCAUGCUCUCCCUGCUCAUCCUGUGUUUCACCUACCUGAAGGUGCUGAAAGUCGCCAGGUUUCACUGCAAGAGGAUUGACAUUAUCACCAUGCAGACUCUGUUCCUGCUGGUCGACAUUCACCCAAGUGUGAAACAAAGGUGUUUAGCUGAGCAAAAGAGGAGAAAGCAGAGAGCCACAAAGAAGAUCAGCAUCUUCAUCGGCUCAUUCGUCAUCUGCUUUGCUCCUUAUGUAAUUACAAGGUUGGCCGAGCUUCUACCUUUCGUGGACAUCAACCGCCACUGGGGAAUCAUCAGUAAGUGCCUGACAUACAGCAAGGCUGCGUCCGACCCCUUCGCCUACUCCCUCCUACGUCAGCAGUACAAGAAAGUCCUGGUUACUGUCGUCAACAGGCUGCUCCGUCGUGACCUGUACCCCUCGUCUGGCCAUAACAGCUCUUUAGACACAGAGAACGACUACUGUCUCCAGAGGAUCAGCUAAUGGCAAACGCGCGGACAUGACAGAUACACACUACAAGCCAAAAAUAAAGGUUGUCUCUUGGAAGAAGGUGGGCGAAGGAAAUAAGUGAGGAGAGAGAAGGAGAGGACGAAGGGAAAAAAGAGAGCAGAUAGAGGGGACAGACUGUGGGCGGGGGGCGAAGAGAGAGCAAAAAAUAAGGAAGGUGGUGGGUGGAGAAGAAUGAGAAGACAGUAGCCAGGGGGAGGACGAACGGGUGAAGGGGAAGACAGAUAGGGAGCGACGGGGACGAUGCGGAAGACACUGGCAUCAGCGAGUAUUGGUAAACAAGGGAUCUGUGAUUCAUAGGCGAUGGCAAAACACACAAAAGCACACACAGAUCAGACCAAUCAAUUUCACAGAAUAUGUCACAGGUUCAGAUUCAUCUCAAACUGAAGGUCCACACUGCUGGAGACAGUCUUCUCUUUGAGGGACACGUAUAAAGUGGCCUUUUGUACUGUACCAACCACUUUGUAAUGAUUCUGUCACAUCCACACAGAGUGACCUUUCUACUGCCACAAAAUGCAGGGACAGAGCUUGAAGCUCAUGGUCGAUAGGCGUUGGAGUGAAGAUGUGAAAAGAAGGAAAGACUACGUUGUUCCUGCCACUGGAUAAUGUACCCUCAGUGUGGAGAAACAACCGCUGCACAUUAUCGCCAUGUCCUGUAUUGACCAUGUUAGACUACUUUGCAGUGUCAUGUCAGUCACUGAAUAUUGAUGCACUUUGUCCAAUUCUCUCAGAGCUACUAUAGUUACAGGAGCCAAAGGCAAAUAUAAUUUUCACCAUGAUAUUAAAAGAUGAGGCUGGUGAUAUUCUGUAUGUUUGUUAUUGUUAACAAGCGCCACGAAAAUACCAAAAUCAACAAUGUGUUACUUUGUAUCUCAAUACUUUCUGACUCCCCCAAAGCUCAUUGAUUCCUGCUGAACAUUUAUAUAUUUUUAGAUCUUUGUUUCCCCCAUUGUUGCCUUUAUUUUAGGGUGACAAUAGAAAUACAGACAGUUAAUGAAUCCCCAAAUAUAUGAAUCUUAAAACAUGGGUCAUCAAUAUAUACUUAAAAGGUUUCAUAAUUCACAUUCUGGGCUCUGUCUAGCUACUGAAACUGGAGAAAAUAGUGCAUUAUGUUGGGACUGUUUUCAGAUGCAUAAUACACAUUUAGUGCACUGGUGAGUAUUUAUGGCAGCAGUACAGGAAAUGUUUGUUUUAAAGUAAACUACAAUGCAACAGUGUGGCUCAUUGAUGCAUUUUUUAAUAGUUUUUGGACAACUGAAAAACAAAGACCAGCCCACGUAAGUAAGAAAAUUAGUUUAUUUGAAUGCCAGGUGUAGUGUUAGUCUGCAAAGCAUCUUAGAUUUGACUCUAGUUUCAUUUAAUUAAAUCCAACUCUCUUGUGAAUUAAACCAGCGUAUUCACAAGUCCAGGAGGCAUGGAUGAUGUGAUUGAGAGUUUAUUUGAGGAUUGCGAUCAGUGGCUACACGGACAGGAAGGAAGAUUAAAUAAUUUUUUGGUUUUUUUCAUGAGAUUUGUUGACAAUAAGAAAAACAGACCACCUGAUUUCUCCUUUUAAAGUGUGAGUUUGUAACUGAAUGUACUAGAGUUAGCCCACUUUUGACUGAAAUGCAUUUGUACAACUGUGCUUUGUUUUGCCAGUUGACUGGAGAAAAUGUUUCUAUGGAUAUUUACAUGAUGUUAUUAUAUAUUUUGCACUGUACAGGAACAACUUUUUGUCUAGAUAAAGGGGGAGCAAUGUGAUGUAGCAUAGGAAGGUUUCAAAGUGCUUUAAACACACCGUUUUGUGUUUGUGCCAGAUUUGAAUAUGUGACUUUUUUCAGCUGUUCACUACUUUAACCAGAAUAGCUGCUUUAUUAUUAAAAUCUGUUUCUCUGGAUGUACUUUAUGCACAUGUAUUUUUCCUCCUGUGUGCCACUUGCUGUUCUUUGGCAGUGUGAUUAGCUAUUAGUGGAAUCUGUGCAAUAAAAGCUGUCAAUUACAAAGCUAUUAAAAAAUAUUAAUGUUU